AAUAUUUAUAUAUUUAGGCUGGUGUAUAUAUACUGAUAAGCACGCUAUUCAGAUGUAUACCAGAAAUAGGUUCUAUGCACAAGUCAGGAUUGUAGUUUGUAGUUGGUAUUACAUAGCUUACUUCGCCGGCAGUAUCUUGAAUCUACUACCUGGCAACGGUCAGCCGUGAUAAUAAUCUCAGCUUACUGGAAACUCGACCCGAAUACACCUUUACGUGACAUAUUUAGAUACUUUUGAGCAGUUUUUGUUGCAUUCGAGUGUAUUGAAAUAUAUUUGUUAUUGAAGUUGCGUCAAGAUGGAUUUCGCGUCAGUUAUGAAAGCUGAGCUGGAGGCACAGAAGCAGAAAGUCGAAAAGAAUAAAUCGACCGGGAAGUCGUGGAUGAAGAAAAGUGAGCUUAAAGCCAAUGAGGCUAACGAACGGAAACGGAAAAAAGAGGCGGCCCAGAUCGCUGCCGCGGAGGAACUCCUUCACAACAAGAAGGCUAAAGUAACGGAAGACGGUACAGCUGCACCCAUUGCGGGCGAGAAUAAGGGUACGCACACACCAAGUAUAAGUACAGGCACACUAGUGACUAAGACUGGGCUCCCGUUGGUAGCAGCGGAGAAUGAAGUGGCGGCUAAAGUGGGCGGUUUAGGCGAAGAGGAUAAGAAACGGUCGGGGCUGAACAUGGCACCGAAAGAAGUGGUCCGCCAAUUGCGAGACAGGAACGAGCCCAUUCGCCUGUUUGGAGAGACGGAUACCAUGCGUAUGCACCGUUUGGAGUACCUGAAGACACACGAGGCCGUGGUAGACGAGGGCAUGCGCAACGAUUUCAUGGAGGCUAUAGACCGUGUGAACGAAAAGUAUCUGCAGAGCUUUCUGCUGGAAAAGCAACAGUCUGAUGAGCAAAAAGAAUCAGAACGGAAACGGCGUGCGGAGGAACGCGGCAUGAUAGAAGACGUUACCAAGAAACAAAUCGACUCGCUAUAUAAAGUACUAGUAGCAGGCAAAGCAACCCCCCAGGAUAGUGCAACAUUCUGUUUACGGUACGUGCAGUAUUUACUUAUGAAGUGGGAGGAUGAUCUGGAGAACAAAGACAUCAACGACAAGCGCACCGCGAUAGGCCGCAAGGAAUCUGCAAUUUACAGUCAAACAUGCUCGUAUAUUGAGCCUAUGCAGGCUCAGCUCAAGAAGAAUUCCUUGGGUGAGGAUAUCAUGCCGUUGCUGACAGAAGUGUUCAAAUCCAUCUACGAGAGAGAAUACAUAUACGCAGCUGACAUGUAUCUGCGUUUAGCCAUUGGUAACGCAGCCUGGCCCAUCGGUGUGACUCAGGUUGGUAUCCACUCGCGAACCGGGCGAGAGAAAAUCUUCAGUCAACACGUGGCGCAUGUGCUGAACGAUGAAGAGCAACGGAAAUAUAUACAGGCCUUGAAACGUCUGAUGACUUAUGCACAGAAGAGGUUUCCUGCCGACCCGUCAAAGUGCUUGGAGUUCAAUGGACUCAGAAACGAUUAAGCGUAUUUGUAUCUGCUGGCUUACAGAUCAGAUGGCUUCAGAGCUUGCAAAUGCAAGUGUGCUUUCAGAAUCAGUAGAGAAUUGGACAGGCUCCGGAGGUCGCUCAUAUUAGAGUUCGGUUAGAAUUAGUAGUGAAGUGGUAUAUUGUGAGAAGCGAGGUAGAUACGCUGCCCUGGGGGCUACAAAGUGCGUUUGUUGCAUUGCGUAGUAGAACAAGCCAGCCACACUUGUCCCGUGCGAGCCGAUACAGAUGUUGGAAUGGAAGGCGUUGCUAUGCGACAAGCACUUGAUCACUCACGAGAAUUGCCUUGACCGAAUGAGCGGGGCCAUUUGAGGCCAAUUGGGGUGGACCAAACGAGUGGCAUUGGUACUAACGAGACUACUCUACGCUAUGGGCAGAUCAGACGGGCACAAGCCACGUCCUCUGCUCGUAGGAGUCUCUAUCAGACGGGAAAACGCUGUAUGUGUGUGGGCAAGUAUUUCGCGAUACUUCUGCUUUUUUAAUCCAGACAUACAGACUACCAGGCCUCGCACGCUUGACAAGAAGCAAUCCCUACGUGCUGUACAGGGUGUGUACUUGGCUGUUGUUCGGUCAUUGUGAAGAUGCUCUUCAAAGGCCCCCAAUCACAGUUUGUCCGCACAGUCGCUCACAUCACCGUCGUAUCGAUACUGAGGGCUUCUACCCAGACAAAGGAUGUAUUGCAGCAUUGCGCAGUACAUAUACGUGCUCAAGUACUGCACUCCAGACACAGGCGCGUGCACCAAUACGCCAGAUGCACAGGGACACAGGGACCCUAUCCAUCACACACACACAUGCAUAUCAUGCAGACAUGCAUUUGAACCACUCAUGCACACUACACCAGGUGCAUACUACCAUGCCAGGGGUGUACGUUUUUAUGAAUAGGGCACAGAAUGGUACAGAGAGAAGUGAUGUACUACAGGUACACCUGUAUACCACAUAUGAUACAAAGAUAAGCAUUUAUUUGAACUGUACACCAUAGCCGAUUCUCAUAAAAGGUCCGCCACUGCCCUGGCCGCACAAUUCGGUGGAUGUGUUGUAGCGUAUGGUAUGACUACACAACACCCAUGCGGACGUGGGGGGGGGGGGGAGAAUACCAAGACAGAUCAACAGUCUCCAUGGGCACAGGACACGAACGUCCUCAUGACAACUUUAUGGACCAAUUUAAACCCACUAUAGGCAGUACUACUAGCCGUAUGUUUGCGACGAACACGUGGAGAUGCAUGUGGAACUCUUGGCGUCGGGUAAAUAGGUAGCAUGUUUAAUGUAGUGUUUGGGGCGUGAAUAAAGUAAAGGUUAACGCCAUCCGAGAGCGUUUACAACUGUCUCCCAGACUGCAUAAACUGGAUAUUUGAAUUUGGGUCAGUUGACGCCCAAAUGCGUGACCAAUUUAUACCACGAACUGUACGAUCGAGACACAAAUUAGCAUUGGCAAGGUAUUGGUUCGUAGUGUAAAUAUUGAUGGUCCUGUACAUGAUAACCAUUGCAUCAGGCAGUAAUGUCAACCACCAAUUCGCGUCUAGUUCGGGACAGUUGUGAAAGCCUCGGGUUAACGCACAGCACAAUUACAGAGUCCUUAAUGAAACAACCGAGUUCAUCUAUAGGCUACACAGUUCACUGAACUGUACAGAAUGCCAUACCAUGCCGAAUAUCCGUGCGCCUGUU